AGUGAGAACAUGAGUGAUCCAGAACCCUGCAGAAUGAAACACACUGAAGAUACUGAAGAACAAAGAGACCUGAUGGAAGUGAAGGAGGAGAGUGAAGAACUGAGUGAAGUGGAGGAGGAACAUCAUGUCAAACCUGGAGAAAAACCUUUGAGUCGAUCAAAGACUAAAACAACAUUUUUAAAGAAAAGAAGAGCAAAGAAAUCUACAACCUGCACUCAGUGUGGAAAGAGUUUCACAACCAAACAAAAUCUUGAGGUUCACAUGAGGAUCCACACCGGAGAAAAGCCAUUCACAUGUGAUCAAUGUGGAAAGAGUUUCACAUACAAACAUCAUCUUGAGCGUCACAUGAGGAUUCACACUGGAGAGAAGCCGUUCAUAUGUGAUCAGUGUGGCAAAACAUUUUGUAUGGCAUCAGCCCUUAAGGCACACUUGACAGUUCAUACAAAGGAUAAGCCAUAUUCAUGUUCUGUGUGUGGAAAGAGUUUUUCACAGCUGCAAAGUUUACAUAAACAUCAGAAAAUACACACUGGUGUGAGAGAGUUCAUGUGCUUUGAGUGUGAGAAGACUUUUAUUACAGCAAACUGUUUAAAAGUGCACCAGAGAAUUCACACUGGAGAAAAACCUCACAAGUGUUCACACUGUGAAAAGAGAUUCAGUGUGUCAUCACAUCUGAGAACUCAUGAGAGGAUCCACACUGGAGAAAAACCUUACAAGUGUUCACACUGUGACAAGAGAUUCAAUUGUUCAUCACAUCUGAAAACACAUGAGAUGAUCCACCGCAGAGAGAAGCCGCACAUGUGUGAUCAGUGUGGAAAGAGUUUCUCUUGUAAAAGUCACCUGAACCGACACAUGAAGAAUCAUGCAGUGGAGAAACCACAUCACCACAGAGAUCAUGGUACGUAA